AUGCAACGACUCAGCCCGCAAGACCCCAAUAUCGCCGUCUGGCCCCAAUUCUGCGUAGGUGGACCUCUUACGCUUACCGUCCAAAGGCAGGCAUUCUCCCUCACCGGUGGUGACUUCCAAGUCUGCGACCAGAACGGGGUUGCUGUGGUGAUCUGCCAAGGGCAGGCUAUGUCUAUACGAGGCAGAAAGGUCGUCACGGACAGCCAGGGGAAGGAGCUUUGCCACAUCCGCUCGCCGGCGUUCUCGCUCCUGAGGACGUUCAUCGUAGAGGAUCCAGCAGGACGCGAGAUCGUCCAAAUCGUCAAACGCGUGGGAUUUGGUACCAGUAUGAAAGCCACCUUCAUGAACACAACUACCAGCCAGCCUACCAGCAUCUAUCUACAUGGCGAAAUCUUAGGCGGAUCGGCAAUCCUCAGCCUGGGCAAAGCUGGGCCGCCAAUCGCUCAACUUGUGAGCGACUUUGCGAGUGCACGUCACAUCUUCACCAAUGCCCAGACUUAUGCCGUCAAUAUUGCUCCAGGUGUGGAUAUCGCGCUCAUCGCUGUGCUCUGUAUCACGAUGGAUGUGACACGCCGGGCCAGGAGAUCCUGA